AUUGACAACCCAGAGCAGACAGGUAUCGGCAAACUGCAAGUGUGGGUGGCUGGGACAGCAACUAGUCGGGUCAUUUCAUCCCAGUGGAUUACACCGGCAAAAUGAGCUCGAGUAAACCGAAAAACAAAAGCGAGAAUAAAACAGAGAAGCAAUUGGCUGCGGAGAAAGAACAGUUUGGAAAACUACAGCUCCACAGCAUCAGUAAAAGCAUCACCUCCAGUGAGACACCGCUGAAGGAGAAAUAUGCACGCAACAUCAUCAUGGGGACCCAUAAGGAGGGCGGAGCCACAACGUUCUGGUCGUUCAUCAUCAACCUGCCGCUCUCCUCCAACGCCAUCAUCAGCUGGAAGUUCUGCUACAUGCUGCACAAAGUCCUCCGGGACGGGCACCAUAACGCCGUGAGAGACUCUCAUAGAUACAGCAGGAACGUCAAAGACAUGGGCGUACUCUGGGGGAACUUGCAUGAUAGGUACGGCCAUAUUGUGUCCCUUUCGGCCAAGUUCCUGUCCCUCAAAAUGGAGUUCCAUGUGAAGCACAAGGUUAUUCCAGGUAACCUGGAGGCCACAGAUGAGACGGUGGAGAGAGAGGCAGGAACUGACGUCAACAAAAUAUUUGAUAUGACUCAUGAGCUGUUAGAUUACCUGGACGCUGCUCUGAAAAUGUCAGAGACAGUUUGGCGGCAGCUGGAUGCCAACGCGGGCAAGUCCACCACCCCGGCCGGACAGUGUCGCCUGGGACCUCUAAUUCCUGUUAUACUGGACUGCAGCUGGCUCUACCACUUCUCUGUCAAACUACUGUUCAAACUGCACAGCUGUGUUUCAGCUGACUCUCUUCUCGGACACCGGGAGAGAUUCCGCGAUCUGUUCAACAGCCUCACAAAGUUAUUUGAUCGAGCCAGAGAGACGGAGUUCUUCAAAAAGGUUAUUCAGAUCCCUGACCUGCCAGAUUCUCCUCCGAACUUCCUGCGUGCCUCUGCGCUGGCGGAGUACGUGCGGCCGGUGGUGGUGAUGCCCAAUGAGGAGCCUUAUGAAGAAGUCGAUGCGGCGCCACAGCCAGACUACAGCCAAGCACCACAGCAACCGUACAACAUGUUAAGCCAGCUGGGAGCUCCUGAUGCUGGAUUUGAUCAAAGAAGAUCUCCGUCUCCAGCUCUGAUGGAGUCAGAGGCUCUGAGGAAGGAGCUGGAGGUCAUCAAACCAGAGCUGCAGCUCCUCAAAACGGAGGCUCAGAGGUGUGUGACCCAGCUGAAGUCUCAGGUGAACAGGCUGGAAGCAGAGCUGGAGGACCAGAGGACCCAUAAGCAGAUGGCUCUGGUGGACAAUGAACACCUGCGCAUGGAGGUAGGGGCCUUACGACAGGCCACCGCCGCCCUACCAGGGGUACAGGCUGGAUACCAGGAGGCUGAUGGUCGAGCCCAGGCAGCUGAGCUGCGUUUUUCUCAGCUCAAAGAGCGACACGCUGAACUGGUCACCAGCCACGCUGAUCUACUGAAGAAGAAUGCAGAGACAGUCCGGUUCUUGUCCAGCACCCAGCAGAACCAGGAGGAAUUGGCCACGGCCAAACAGCAGCUGGCCAGCGAGGUGGACCACCUUCGACAGGAGAAUAGACUCAAGCUGGAGCAGCAGAAGCAGGAGAUGGAUCGGCUGAAAAGAGAGCUGUUGGACCAGAGAGCAGCGUUGGGUGAAGUCCACAGUGUCCUGGACAACAAAGAGAUGGCUGGUUCCCAAAUGACUGGUGCUCUGCAGGGUCUCCAGCGAGAGAGGGAGGAACUGCUGCGCUGUUUGAGGGAGAAAGAGGGUGAAGUGUCCUCCCUACAGCAGCAGGCUCAGCUCCAUCACGGCUCCAUGGAGCAGGACCGGGACAGAUCAGCCAGAGAGAUGGCCAGCCUGAGGCAACAGCUACAGCAACAGCUGGCUAUAAACGCGGAGCAGAGAGUGGAGAUUGACCGACUGAAGCAAGAGCUGGAGCAGAGUCGAGCAGAGGUGUCACGUGCUAACAAUGCCCUGCAGAACAAGGAGAUGACUGGUUCUCAGAUGAACAGUGCCCUGAUGGGUCUCCAGACCGAGAGAGAGGGGCUGCUACGCUCUGUGAGGGAGAAAGAUGCUGAGCUGUCCUCUUUAAGGCAGCAGGCGCAGCUCCAACGCAGCUCUCUGGAGCAGGACAACGACAGGACAUCCAGAGAGAUGGCCAGUCUGAGGCAACAACUACAGCAACGGGCAUCUCGUGAGGGUGAGCUGACCAGGAAGCUGCAAGAGGAACAGUUCUGUCUGCUCCAGUGUGCCGUGGUGGAGGCUGAAGGCAUCAUACUGGACGCUGUGUCCAAACUGGACGACCCCAUACACGUACGCUGCACCUGCUCUCCAGAUUACCUGGUGAACCGAGCUGAGAUCACCCUGGGUUCUUUGGACAAGAUGCAGCAGAGUCACAUGGUCUACCUUGGAAAUAUGGACGAUGCCAGUGGUCUUCUGAGGGCUGUGACCCAGUUCUCCCAUCUGGCUUCUGACACCAUCGUCAACGGAGGAGCUACAGCACACAGUGCUCCUACUGACCAGGCCGACCGUCUGACUGACAGUUGUAGAGAAGCUUCCACCCACUGUCUGCAGUUCCUACACGAGCUGAAGUCCAGAGCCACGUUACAGAGAGCCGACCCUACUACGAUACGCUAUGUAAUGCGACGCAUACUCACUAUGGGACAGGAUCUGCGUCUUCAAGGGCAGGAUGUUCUAAAAGAGGAGUUGGGGGAAAUGGUGGAUAAAGAGAUGACUGCUACCUCUACUGCAAUAGAGGAGGCUGUACUCCGCAUGGACGAGAUCCUGAACCAGGCCAGGAGAGACACGUCUGGGGUCAAACUGGAGGUCAACCAGAGCAUCCUUGGCUCCUGUUCAGACCUAAUGAAGGCCAUCCACAUGCUGGUGACCGCUGCCACUGACCUGCAGAAAGAUAUUGUGGAAAGCGGCAGAGGGGCAGCAUCAGUGAAGGAGUUCUAUGCUAAGAACUCCUGUUGGACUGAAGGCCUCAUCUCUGCCUCCAAGUCAGUGGGCUGGGGCGCCACUCAGAUGCUAGACUCGGCUGACAAGGUGGUAACUAGCGGGGGUAAAUACGAGGAGCUCAUCGUCUGUUCUCAUGAGAUCGCUGCUAGUACCGCCCAGCUGGUCGCUGCCUCCAAGGUGAAGGCGGACCGCAACAGCAAGAAGCUGUCGACGCUGCAGCAGGCCUCAAGACACGUCAACGACAUGGCUGCCAUAGUGGUGACCUCCACCAAUCACGGACAGAGGCAGAUCACUGAGAGAGAACCCAUGGACUUCUCAGGCAUCUCCCUGAUCAAAGUGAAGACUCAAGAGAUUGAGUCUCAGGUGAAGGUGUUGGAGCUAGAAAAUCAGCUGGAACAGGAGAGAGUUCGUCUGGGAGAGCUGAGGAAGAAACACUACCAGCUGUCUGGGACUGGUACAACCCAAGGGGGGGAGGUGGAGGUGGAGGGGGGAGACGGGGACGACGGGGGAGACAGCUUCCCACCCCCUCCCCCUCCAACCCUCUUACCAGCCUCCACCCUGCUGCCCCAGCCCUACCUAAACACACAGCCCUUCUCACAGACACAACCCGACUCACAACUAUCAGCUCAGUCCUACUCACCACCCAAGUCCUACUCACUCACUCAACCCUAUUCACAAACAAAGCCUUACUCUGAACCUGAAUCCUACUCACAGCCUGCAAUGCAAUCCUACUCACCACCCCAAUCCUACUCAUCAUCCCAAACCCAAUCUUACUUAGCACCUCAAUCCUACUCAUCAUCCCAAACCCAAUCUUACUUAGCACCUCAAUCCUACUCAUCAUCCCAAACCCAAUCUUACUUACCACCUCAAGCGUAUUCUCAAACCCAAUCCUACUCACCUCCCCAAACAUACUCUCAAAGCCAGCCGUAUGUAAACACCAAUCCCUUCUCCCAACCCCCGCCUCUGUCCCAGCCUCUGUCCCCACCUCUGUCCCAGCCUCUGUCCCCACCUCUGUCCCAGCCCGAGUCCCUUCCCCUUCCAAAUAACUCAGUAGAACUCGCCAAGCCAACCCACACUUCAAAGAAACCUUCCAUCUUCCAGAAAACAGGAACCCUGUUUAGUAAGUUCCGAAGAGGUGAGGCUGGAGCAGAGGAAUCCAGAAUCCGGAAUGUUAGAAUCCCAAAUCCAGAAUGAGAAGAUUCUACCUGUCUGCAUACCUUGUCAUGUGAACUACUGUAUAUGCAGUUUACUCAGUUUACUCCGGUGCAGUGAUUGAAGAACAACCCUUUUCAAGAUAGCAACUUUAUUGUAGUAUUUAAUAUUUCUUAAUGUCUUGAUACACUAUUUGAUUGCAAAAAAAAAAAUCUGGGUAAAAUAACGGUUAAUAAUAUUAUUAUUAUUACUAACAUUAUUACUUCUUUUAAGAAUGUGUAUUAUCUUUCUAUUUGAAAAAGCAGUCAUUUCUUACUGACCACUGCAGUGCUUGUAGGAAGAAUUGUGUCUAAACCAACAUCCCAACGCUUUGUCCAAAUACCUUAAAAAUACAAGAUGGUUAACAACCAAUCAACGUACAGCCGCCUAUUAGUCUUUACAUAAUAUCUCUUAUGUGAGUAUACUUACUUUACAUAGAUUUGGAUAUCUGUAACAUGUAUUGAGAUAAACAGACGUUUUAAAUGAAUAUAUACCUUUCCAUUUGUCCUGCAGUGUAGAUUUAGUCUUUGUGAUUGACAGGAGAGAUGACCAAUGGGGCUUUAUUGCGACUGGGAUUGACCCCUGGGCUGAAGUAUGGAUAGAGCGUGUCAGCAAAGUUGCAGCCCAUGUAACAGUAGAUAUGGCGUCGAGCUACCAGGUCACAAAACAACAGCCGGCCUUGUUCGUAGUCUAUAUAUACCCCGACCUUCGAGGGUCUGUGGGUCAAGAGAGAGGAACAGGAAAGUCACCAAAAGCUUCGUAUUUCCUCCAGUCUCUCAGCCAUGUUUCCCAGUAUCCAUUCUCAGGAUUUAGUAGCACACUGCCCUUCCUGUUGAUGGACUCUGUGGCCGCUCCUAACGUCCAGUCAGUCUUCACCAUCACCUCCCUGAGGAGAAUCCCUGCUUUUUCCAGAAACACUGAUGGACAGGUCAGGUCUUCCUGAGUAGUCUGGAAGAUUCUAUCUCUGCUCUCCUCCUCUUCUCGUGUUUCUCCGUGUCACUUGUUUCCUGCACGAGUUACCCUCUGAGCAGUGUGUAUAUACUUGUACUGAAUACAGUGUUUACGUAGUGUUACGUACAGUGAGGUGAUGAAUGUAACGUACUGGUUAUUCAUUACAGUAUGUUAUGUAUAGAAUGGAUAGGUACAGUAUGCACGGUGGGAAUGUACCUGCACUUUGAAAAAUACAACAACAUACAGUGGGGUCUGGAAUGAUUUGAAUUAUUGCGUCUCGCGAUACAGAUGAGCAAAAAAUACUGAGCUACUGUACUGUAUAUUGUAUGCUCAAAGAAAUAGAAAAUGAUAUUAUGUUAUAUGAAUACAGUUGCUCAGAGAAAUAACAAAUAUUAAAAACAGAAAUCGAAUAAAGAUAGGGGUGAAACUUAUUGGAUCCCGUUUUCAAUACUCUGGCACCCUUCUCUCCGUUUUCAAUACUCUGGCACCCUUCCCUGGCGAGGAAAAUGACACUGAGCCUUUUUUCUAAAACUGUUUUAUGGACAUUGGCGAACACAUUGGGAGAGAUCGCAGACCAUUACCCGUACAGAAUCUUUCCAGAUCUUUGAUGUCCUUCAUCUGCACGUAUGGACUGGCCUCUUCAAUUCAAACCACAAGUUUUCAAUGGGGUUCAAGUCCGGAGACUGAGAUGGCCAUUGCAAAAUGUUGAUUUUGUGCUCAAUUAACCAUGUCUUUGUGGAUUUUGAUGUGGGCCUGGGGUUAUUGUCUUGCUGGAAGCAAUAUACGUGUGUGUGUGUGUAUAUAUACAGUGCCUUGCGAAACUAUUCGGCCCCCUUGAACUUUGCGACCUUUUGCCACAUUUCAGGCUUCAAACAUUAUUUGUUUGUGAAGAAUCAACAACAAGUGGGACACAAUCAUGAAGUGGAACGACAUUUAUUGGAUAUUUCAAACUUUUUUAACAAAUCAAAAACUGAAAAAUUGGGCGUGCAAAAUUAUUCAGCCCCCUUAAGUUAAUACUUUGUAGCGCCACCUUUUGCUGUGAUUACAGCUGUAAGUCGCUUGGGGUAUGUCUCUAUCAGUUUUGCACAUCGAGAGACUUGAAUUUUUUCCCAUUCCUCCUUGCAAAACAGCUCGAGCUCAGUGAGGUUGGAUGGAGAGCAUUUGUGAACAGCAGUUUUCAGUUCUUUCCACAGAUUCUCGAUUGGAUUCAGGUCUGGACUUUGACUUGGCCAUUCUAACACCUGGAUAUGUUUAUUUUUUAACCAUUCCAUUGUAGAUUUUGCUUUAUGUUUUGGAUCAUUGUCUUGUUGGAAGACAAAUCUCCGUCCCAGUCUCAGGUCUUUUGCAGACUCCAUCAGGUUUUCUUCCAGAAUGGUCCUGUAUUUGGCUCCAUCCAUCUUCCCAUCAAUUUUAACCAUCUUCCCUGUCCCUGCUGAAGAAAAGCAGGCCCAAACCAUGAUGCUGCCACCACCAUGUUUGACAGUGGGGAUGGUGUGGUCAGGGUGAUGAGCUGUGUUGCUUUUACGCCAAACAUAACAUUUUGCAUUGUUGCCAAAAAGUUCAAUUUUGGUUUCAUCUGACCAGAGCACCUUCUUCCACAUGUUUUGAUGUGUCUCCCAGGUGGCUUGUGGCAAACUUUAAACAACACUUUUUAUGGAUAUCUUUAAGAAAUGGCUUUCUUCUUGCCACUCUUCCACAAAGGCCAGAUUUGUGCAAUAUACGACUGAUUGUUGUCCUAUGGACAGAGUCUCCCACCUCAGCUGUAGAUCUCUGCAGUUCAUGCAGAGUGAUCAUGGGCCUCUUGGCUGCAUCUCUGAUCAGUCUUCUCCUUGUAUGAGCUGAAAGUUUAGAGGGACGGCCAGGUCUUGGUAGAUUUGCAGUGGUCUGAUACUCCUUCCAUUUCAAUAUUAUCGCUUGCACAGUGCUCCUUGGGAUGUUUAAAGCUUGGGAAAUCUUUUUGUAUCCAAAUCCGGCUUUAAACUUCUUCACAACAGUAUCUCGGAUCUGCCUAGUGUGUUCCUUGUUCUUCAUGAUGCUCUCUGCACUUUUAAUGGACCUCUGAGACUAUCACAGUCUUCACAAGGUUUUCACACACUGUUGCUGGUAUUUUGGCCCAUUCCUCCAUGCAGAUCUCCUCUAGAGCAGUGAUGUUUUGGGGCUGUUGCUGGGCAACACGGAUUUUCAACUCCCUCCAAAGAUUUUCUAUGGGGUUGAGAUCUGGAGACUGGCUAGGCCACUCCAGGACCUUAAAAUGCUUCUUACGAAGCCACUCCUUCAUUGCCCGGGCGGUGUGUUUGGGAUCAUUGUCAUGCUGAAAGACCCAGCCACGUUUCAUCUUCAAUGCCCUUGCUGAUGGAAGGAUGUUUUCACUCAAAAUCUCACAAUACAUGGCCCCAUUCAUUCUUUCCUUUACACGGAUCAGUCAUCCUGGUCCCUUGCAGAAAAACCGCCCCCAAGCAUGAUCUUUCCACCUCCAUCCUUCACAGUAGGUAUGGUGUUCUUUGGAUGCAACUCAGUAUUCUUUGUCCUCCAAACACGACGAGUUGAGUUUUUACCAAAAAGUUCUAUUUUGGUUUCAUCUGACCAUAUGACAUUCUCCCAAUCUUCUUCUGGAUCAUCCAAAUGCUCUCUAGCAAACUUCAGACGGGCCUGGACAUGUACUGGCUUAAGCAGGGGGACACGACUGGCACUGCAGGAUUUGAGUCCCUGGCGGCGUAGUGUGUUACUGAUGGUAGGCUUUGUUACUUUGGUCCCAGCUCUCCGCAGGUCAUUCACUAGGUCCCCCCGUGUGAUUCUGGGAUUUUUGCUCACCGUUCUUGUGAUCAUUUUGACCACACGGGGUGAGAUCUUGCGUGGAGCCCCAGAUCGAGGGAGAUUAUCAGUGGUCUUGUAUGUCUUCCAUUUCCUAAUAAUUGCUCCUACAGUUGGUUUCUUCAAACCAAGCUGCUUACGUAUUGCAGAUUCAGUCUUCCCAGCCUGGUGCAGGUCUACAAUUUUGUUUCUGGUGUCCUUUGACAGCUCUUUGGUCUUGGCCAUAGUGGAGUUUGGAGUGUGACAGUUUGAGGUUGUGGACAGGUGUCUUUUAUACUGAUAACAAGUUCAAACAGGUGCCAUUAAUACAGGUAACGAGUGGAGGACAGAGGAACCUAUUAAAGAAGAAGUUACAGGUCUGUGCGAGCCAGAAAUCUUGCUUGUUUGUAGGUGACCAAAUACUUAUUUUCCACCAUAAUUUGCAAAUAAAUUAAUUAAAAA